CGACAGCGAGGUCUGGCUUCCCGAGCCAGAUGCUUGGAACGGCCGCUUUCUCGGGCUCGGUAACGGAGGCACAGGAGGAGGCGUUGACGUGGCAGACCUCGGAUUCGAUGCCGUCGCCCAAGGAUUCGCUGGAAUGUCCACCGAUACCGGUCAUAACUCGACGGUAUUCGACGGAUCUUGGCAUGAACCCAACCAGAUCGUUGACUGGGCCUUCCGUGCCAUGCACCUGAGCGUCAUUGCAGGCAAGCAAGUCGUGGAAGCGUACUACGGCAAACAAGAGGACAUGAAGUCGUACUACCUCGGAUGUUCCACAGGCGAGGCCCUCCCCCUUCGUACGGACCUCAAGGAGAUCCAGCGUUUUCCAGAGGACUUUGAUGGAAUAGUCAUCGGCUCACCCGCGAACUGGAUGUCGCACCUCCAAUCGUUCUCGAUCCACAUCAACUUGAACGUCCUUCCCGUGAACGGGUCGCACUGGAUCCCGCCCGCUCUCUGGAAGGGCCCGAUCCACGACGAGGUGCUCAGACAGUGUGACAUGAUUGACGGGGUCGCCGACGGCAUCAUCAACAACCCGCUCGCGUGCAACUUCCGUCCGGAAACGCUCUCCUGCCGACCCGGUCAAGACCCGUCCGCCUGCCUCACCCUUGACCAGAUCGUCGCGCUCCGCAAGAUCUACAGCGCAUACAUCGAGACGAACCAGACGUUCAUCUUCAACGGGUACUACCCCGGCGGCGAGCUCGGCUUCCCGAACGGCCUCGUCGGCGAGAACAUCCUCACCAUCGCCCCCGAAUAUUUCCAGCUUUGGGUGCUAAAUGACACGUCGUUCAGUCCGUUCGACUUGACCCUCGCCGAUAUCGAGCUCGCGGACAAGAUCGACCCCGGAACCCAAAACGCGAUCGACCCCAACAUCACGGCCUUCGUCAGCGCGCCGCACAACGGCAAAGUACUGCACUACGUCGGGUGGGCCGACCAGCUCAUCUCGCCGGGUAAUUCGCUGCACUACUACGACACCGUGCAGGCGUUCAUGCAGACCGAGACGGACGCGAGCGUCGACGACUUUUAUCGGCUGUUUACCGUCGCGGGCAUGCAGCACUGCUCUGGCGGCUUCGGCGCGAACGCGUUCGGCGGGUCGGGCCAGGCCGCGGCGGGGAUGCCGCCGCUGUCGAACGAUCCUCAGCAUAACAUAUUAUCCGCCAUGGUAGCCUGGGUCGAGAACGGGACCGCGCCCGACAACUUUACGGCGGUGUGGUACGAAGAUAACGACGCGACGCAGGGCGUCGGGUUCAGUCGGCCGCUGUGCAAGUUCCCCGCCAACCUCCGGUUCGACGGGGGCAAUUCGAACGCGUCGAGCAGCUUCACGUGCGUCUGA